UUUAGAUGAGUUGACAAUCUCUGUAUUAUCUUGGUCUCCACGCACUAUGACCAGCUGAAGCUCCUUGCGUGCUUGCCAAGACUUCGCCGGCCGAAAUCCAACUCUAUAAACAGAAACCCAACAACACACUAUUUUCCAUCAUCUUCUCCGGCCACCAAAACCGAUCAACAAUGAAGAGAGAAGGACGCCAACACGGGAUGGUCAGAACCUGCAGAAUCUUGCCAUCUCCCUUUAAUCCAAGCCCUCACACAAGAUUCAUCAACCGCCUCGACUCACCACCCACCGCCGGAUUAUUCACCAAGGUCCGGCCAAGACCCACAAACCACUCCAAGUUCACCGGAAAGUGUGGUAAGCCAAGGUGCAACGAGUGCCACAUGAACCCAUCUUCUAAGUCUAAAGACAAAACUAAAGGUACCCACAAAAUAAAGUCGGGUGAUGGUUUGUCUAACUUUAAAUUCAUGUCUGGGUCUUCUGCUGCUAUUGAUGAGGUUUAUUAUUAUGAUCGUCUUGAGACUGAAAUUGAUCGGAAUACGGCUUGUUGUUCGAGUUAUCGCGAUGAAGAAGAAGAAGAUGGUGAUCUGAAUUAUCAUGAUGAAGUUGAAAUUGAUCGAAUUACGGAUUGUUUGGUGUUUGAUGAAGUUGAAAUCGAAUUAGAAGAUGAAGAUUGGUGUAUGGUUGCCAAAUUGUAAAUUUGAUUUAUCAUAUUGCUCACAUGUUAUUGUUCUUUUCUUUUUAAUAAUCUGUUGAUCCCUUAAAGAUUUGAGUAAAUAUAAUGGAGUAUUGAAGCUUGUGUUCAAAUUCAGUAAA